AUGAAGCGAAUCUCGAAUAAAACUUGCUUGACAUCAUAUAAAUCGUCAGUCUACUUUAAGAUUUUGUUCAAUAUGAAACUCUUUAUCACAUUUAUUUUUAUAUUUUGUGUUUGUCAUGCUCUUCCAAGUGUGGAAAAUUCUCCUCUUAUUGUAGGUGGUGAUGAUGCUGUUGAAGGUGCUGCCCCAUUCAUGGUUUCUGUUCAGGUAGAUCGACAGGCAAAUGAUGAAUAUCGACACACAUGUGGUGGAUCAAUUUUAUCGCCUGUUUGGAUUUUGUCAGCUGCACACUGUGCGACGGAAAAUAUGCCUUUAGUGAGACCGCUUAGGAUCGUUGCGGGAGAACAUAACUUUGCUGCUGCUACAGGGCGAGAGCAGAUAAGACUCACGCCCAAUUUACUCAUACACAGCAAUUACACUGGUGGUGUAGCACCAUACGAUAUCAUGUUAAUGGAAGCUGAAACACCUUUGCAAUUUAUAUCAGGAGUCGUAGGACGAAUUCUCCUUCCAGCAGCAAACUCCAUCCCGACAGGUUUUGUUAGGUUAUUCGGAUGGGGAAGUAUUUCAAUGACAGAGAACGCAAUUAUUCCUGACAUAAUGCAAACUGUUGAAAAAGACGUGCUUUCAUUAGACUUGUGCAUAGAAGUAUUAAACAAUAAAUUUCCUGGUGGAACUCCUAUACAUUUCACCAACAUUUGCACCGGUCCCUUAGAUUCAAUUAUCACUGCAUGUUCCGGUGAUUCUGGUGGUCCCAUUGUGCAAGGUGUAGGCGAAUCCGUAAAUUACAUUUUCUUAUAUUUUCCACUGCCAAAAACUUUUAGUCGUCAUUGUGCAAUCAUAAUGAAAACUGUUUUAAUAAUUUUAACGCUUUCUGGUUUAAUUUUCUGUCAUCCAACGGUUGAUAAAGGAAGUAAAAUUGUUGGGGGCGAAAAUGCAGUUGAACAUGAAGCUCCAUUUAUGGUGACACUUCAGGUUGAUCGAUUUGGAGACGGAAACUUUCGUCAUACUUGUGGUGGGUCGAUAUUGAAUCCCAAUUGGAUUUUGUCAGCAGCUCAUUGCAUCACUGAGAAUGGAUUAGAGUUGGACUAUCAGAUUAUCGCUGGGCAACAUAAUCUCAAUGUUGUGAGUGGAAGAGAACAAAUUCGACGUGUAGUUGAUUUUAAGAUUCAUGAGAACUUCAUCAGCGGACCUGUUGUUGGUCCAUACGAUGUGAUGGUUUUAAGAUUAGAAAGUCCAUUGAACUUUUUUACUGGAAUCGUUGAAAGCAUAAAUUUGCCGUUGUCUGGGUCAAUUCCUACUGGAGAUGUUCAACUUUUUGGCUGGGGAAGUACAUCAAUGACUAACGUUCCAUCAAUUCCAGAUAUUCUUCAAACUGUUCGGAAGGAUAUAAUUCCAUUCGAUUUAUGUCGUGAAGUUGUUAACCAAGUUUUUGAUCACGAACCAUUACAUUUCACAAAUGUUUGUACUGGUCCAUUAGAUUCAGUUAUAACUGCUUGUUCUGGUGAUUCUGGUGGUCCAAUCGUUCAAGAAGGUCCCGAUGGUUCACUUCAAGUCAUUGGAAUUGCGUCAUGGAUUUCUGCUUUCCCUUGCGGUGCAAUUAAUGCUUUGGACAUUGAAAUGAAAGCAUUUGUGAUAUUUUCUCUGAUAGUUGUUACUGUUUCAGGGUUACCGACAGUUGAUAGAAACACAAGAGUUGUUGGCGGUAGACCUGCACUUGAACAUGAAGCCCCAUACAUAAUUUCACUUCAAGUUGACCCUCAGGGAAAUGGAGCUUUUCGACAUGUUUGUGGAGGUUCAAUUAUAAUGCCAACUUGGAUCUUAUCAGCCGCUCAUUGCGUUACAGAAGUUGGUUUUCAAUUUCAAUACCAGAUUGUUGCCGGCCAACAUGAUUUGAGUGUUUCAAGUGGACGUGAACAAACGAGAAGGGUCAUAAAAUUUGAGAUUCAUGAGAAUUUUGUUAGCGGACCUGUCGUUGGACCUUUUGACAUCAUGGUUUUGGAACUUGAAUCUUCUUUGGAAUUGGUGAAUGGAGUUGUUGAAUUAAUCAGCUUACCACCAUCAGGAAGAAUAUUUUCGGGUGAUGCGAGACUUUUUGGUUGGGGAAGCACAUCUGAAACAACUACACCAUCGUUUCCCGACAUCCUUCAAACAGUUUCUAAACCAAUAGUUGCAUUUGAACUUUGUAGAGAAAUUGUGAAUGCUGUUUUCGUUCACGAGCCGUUGCACUCUUCAAACUUAUGUACCGGACCUUUGGAUUCUGUCAUAUCAGCUUGCAAUGGAGAUUCUGGUGGGCCUUUGGUACAAGCUGGCGAUGAUGGAUCUCUUGACGUGGUUGGGAUUGUCUCUUGGGGAUCAGGUUUUCCAUGUGGAAGUCCAAACUCAGUUACAGUCUAUAUUGAACGUCGUGCAAUGGGAAAGUCUUAUGGUGAAUAA